AUGGACGCAAUUCUUGCGACUACCGUGACAUUCAUUUCACCUCCACAGAGCUUUGCUAUAGUAUGCCAGUGUUUAACGAACAUUUUUGACAAUCAAGCAAUAGCCCAUAAAGCUCGCAAAACUUCUCGCAAUAGGGUAUCGCAAAUGGACAAGGGCACCGUUGGUCCAUUCCCUCCUGACACACAUUUUGCCCAACUUCGCCACUCCAAGGAGAUCAGGGAUCUAGACAAGGAGCGUAUCAGGAGUGUGCAUCCGCAAAAAGAAGAACUCGCCGUCACCUUCUGCGAGCACCCGAAGGCCAUCACCGCCAUGGACGCAUCUACUCCGUUAUCCCUACAAUUUCGGAGAACAAAGGGCCAACAACUUUGA